CGACCAAAUUUUUAAAAUUGGAAGUAGAAUAUAGCCAUACUUUGUUAAAAAAAUUGUCACUAUAGUGGUUGCAAAAUCAAAACAUUAAAAAAAGGUUUUGGAUUUAAGAAUUUUAUCUUUAAUAAUACAAUGUAAUAAGAUGACGAGCUAUAUGAUGGGUUCAAAUAGUAAUAUUAUUAUCCAACAAUUUCAAUAAUUGUACUGAUUGUUACGUCAUAUAAAAUGUUUAUAAAUAAACUGGAGGAGCCACCAAUACCUCAUGUCCCAAAAAUGUCUUACUUCAGCCUAUUUUUAAAAACAGAAUUGACUUGUAUACCAAAUAUACUAAGUAAGUGCUUAGGAAAUUAUUACAAUAAUGCUUUAUGCAAUGGUGCAACUUGGGUAUUUGCUUUUUGGUGGAUGUUACAUUUAGGUUUUAACAAUUUUUUAAAUGCAUUAUUCAAAAAAUUGAGAUUCAAACAAUAUGAACGCGAUAGAUUAAUAGAAAUUUUGUGGUAUUUAGGAUUUUAUAGUACUGCUGUUGUUUAUUGUGGAGCAGCACUUUCUCAAAAUGAAGUUGAACUAUUCAACUUUAAAAAUAUGCGAGUUCCAUCUAGUACCAUACUCCCAACGCAAGUGGUACUUGGAUAUACAUUAAUUUUGACAUUUUAUUUACAUACAGCUUUUUGGGAAGGAAUUACCAAAGCCCACAUUGUCAAUAUGUUUGCUUAUAUGUUCCUGUUUUUCUUUAUGCUGUCUUCAUAUAUAUUGAGGGUUGUGGAAAUAUCAUUUUCCCUUUCAGCCCUAAUAAGUAUCACGCAGAUGGCUUUACAGAUCACAAGAGGAUUUUUCGUAGUAUUGGAUCAAAAAUCAUUUUAUUACAGAUUAUUUAUAGCAGCUUUAUUUGUUGUGACGUUCGCUAUACAUGUAGCCAUUUAUUUAGUCGUGAUACCUCUAACAUUUAUCGUACCGCUUGGAAUCAAGAUAAUGUCAGAUUAUCCAAAUAUUCUACUGUACUUUCUAUUUUUCAAUAUAUUAGCUUGGUUAACAGCAGAAAUAUUUCAAUCGAUAAUUUUCAAAUUUUCAUACCAUUGGUUGUACCAUAGUAAAGAAUCUCAAAGAAAAAAUAGUAUCAAUAGCACUGAGGGUUACGAACAAUUGAAUAAGACCAGAGGUUGCUCUAUUAGUCAUAUAGAAUGUUCUUUGUUCCUUCCCCGAGAUGACCUGGCCUAUGAAAUCCAGAGGGUGCGUAGGGAAAUUGAAGAAAGAAAAAGCAAAUUGAUAGCGCUACAAAAACCGAAAAAUACAUUUGUACAGACCCUUAAAUACAUGCUUACCAUCAAUAAAAAAAUUAAACAGAGACGUCGUCGUUUAUCCGAACAAUCUGAAAGCUACGAAGAUGACGAAGGAGGGAAAUUACUUUCGAAUAACGUUAAAAUAACAGAAGAUGCAUCGGAUUCAGACAGUGAAAAUGAUAAAUUAGAUAUCGGUAUCCAAAAAGUUGACAAAAUUGGUUGCCCGAACGUUAAAGAAUCUGAUUUACAAUUUGAUAAAUACAAUGAUACCGAAAAAGGUGAUACAAAUGAUGCACGUGAUUCAACUGGUGAUUUAUAAUCAUAAUUAGUUAAAAUUUUCUUCCUCUCCGCAUGCCACAUAAUUGCUUUUGACAAAAAUGAAAUUUCUCGUGGGUAAAUGGUCUUGUUCUGACAGAUAUUCAGUUGUCAUAAAUUGUUUUUAGAACUAAAAUAAACAAACAUAAUUGUGUCCUUUA